AACUGCAUACCCAUAUUAUAAUUCUAUGUUUUCAAUAAUGUUAGGCACUGAACUUGAACCCCAACAACAAUUUGACACAUCCAACAAGUUAAUCAAAUCCUUAAAACAACAUAAUUUCAUUCCUGAUUUGGUGAAUGGCAGAAAAGCUUUACCUGAUGAAGAGACUCUACUUUUGGCUUCAUGUAACUAUGAAACUAACACUAAAUGGGGUCAAGAGAUUGGAUUCUUGUAUGGUACUGUAUGUGAAGAUGUUCACACUGGAUUCAUGCUGAAUUGCAACGGUCGAAAUUCAGUUUUUUGUGAUCCAGCUAAGCCACAGUUCCUUCGAAAUAGUACAACUAACCUGAAUGAAUUGCUAAUUCAAGGAACAAGAUGGGAUUCUGGUCUGCUUGACAUUGGUUGAAGCAGGUUCUGGCCU